GCAGACGUGAACCUGCGUUUCGUUGGCACGACCUCGCUCACCCCAGACCAGCUGGUCAACGUCGUCGGUGACCAUGUCCAAGCAGGUGCCGUCGACAUCGGCUUGGACCUGAGUGAUGCGGAGCGCCAGCGUUUGGAGUCGACCGAAGAUGUCCCGCAGCUGCUCCAGCAGGUCUGGGAGACAGGCGACACAUCACUCCAGGACAUGCUGCAGACCUCCACGCGGCUGACAGGGAACGGCCAAAAUUUCUGUGGUUGGGAAGAGAUUUGCUUCUGCGCAGGAGAACUACAGUGCAAGCUGGCUUCAGCCUGGAGACCGAGCGGAAAUCUCGUCUUCCCCAUACAGCGGCGGCUUGAGGAGGAGGAGACUUGCUCUCCCAGCGGCCGGUUUCUGCAGACGGACACCACCAUCACAGUUCCUCGGGCGAAGAGGAUCAAGGUCCGAACUGUGUUUGGCAUUAUUCCUGACACCAACACCAAGCUUCUGGGGGAGAGGACACCUGAGGAAGUCUGGAGCUUCAGCGCUUCCUUCGACCUAUCCGAUCCCUGGGCCCAGCGGGCAAUGUAUUUCUUUUGCAAGGACGUACCGGAAGAGCUGAAAAUCACAAGGCGGUGGUGCUGGUUUGAAGACUUCCGCCUCUUCUCGCGGCAGUUUCAGGGCCGUUUCCCAGUGAAAGCCAUCGAUUGGCCCGUCCUGUCGAAGCUUUUUGUGGAUACCUCGUCUUCCGCCACUCGUGGCACCAGAUACCUCUGGCUCGAAAACGAUGUCAUCAAAGGAAUGUACUACUCCUUCGAAGCUGGCGUUCACCGGGAGGCAGAGGUGCAGGAGAUCCUGGACUACAAAGCGGCUUGGACCCGCUACAUCAGCUCUUGGAAUGGCAAGAGCAGCGGUAAGGCCGCACCGGCGUUUCAGGUGUCCAGCGACUGGGUCCAUGUCGAAUCUGCCAGCACGCUAAUCAGCAGCACUGCAACUAGCCUGAUUGUGCUGUGUGCACUGGCACUCGUGUGCAUGCUCCUCUUCACGCGCAGCUGCAUAUUGUCAUUGAUCGUGGUGUUCUCGACGAUCAUCGUCAUUAUCGUUCUGGCCUUCUUUAUCACGACGGUGAUGGAGUGGCAGGUCGGCCUGAUUGAGGUCAUUGCCUUCAUCUACUUCAUAGGCUAUGCUGUUGACUACAGCUUGCACAUUGUGUACAAGUACGGCAGCCACGAAGCUUUGGAUGAUGAUGACCAAGAAUGGCUAG